ACUGAACGUGUACGUGGCGCGCAUAUAGACUGCAAAGUGCAAGUGCAAGCACUUUCUGUUAUUAAAUCAUUUGUUUUGGCGAUAUAAUUCGACGUUUUACCUAGAUCACCAAGAUGGACGGGAUGCAGGUUUUAUCGCUUAUCACCACUGUCUUCACUAUUGGCAUGUUCAUGGCAGGAAUACCAGACUGCCUGAAGAUUUUUAAAACUGGAAGCACAGAAAAUGUCCUCUUUCUACCAUUUCUAACCACAAACAUGAAUAAUAUUUUGUGGGCGUCUUACGGCUAUCUGAAGAGCGAUCCAACUAUCAUCACAGUGAACAGUGUUGGAAGCUUCCUGCAGACAUCUUACAUGAUUGUCUUCAUGAUAUAUUCCCCAACGAAAGUACAGGCUUUUCAGCGCACCGUUUUGGCAUGUGCCACCAUGGUGUUUCUGUACCUAUACUUUUCCAUGUACAUAGUAACCAUCGAUGUCAUUCUUAACCAACUUGGUCUGGUAUGCUGCACGGUGACAGUUCUUAUGUACGUCUCUCCAUUGAGUGAAAUAGCGACAGUAUUCCGUACUAAAUCCACCAGCGGUAUAUCUCUACCUCUAACAAUCACCACACUGUUUGCUUCCUCGCUUUGGGUCCUGUAUGGUGUGUGCGUCAGUGAUCUUUAUAUUCAGAUUCCCAAUAUUCCGGGCGUUCUGAGCAGCCUCGUCAGAAUAUACCUUCUGUGGAACUACCAAGACACAACAGCAAAGCCAAUUACAUAGACACGACACAUUAGAAAUCAGAGCAUGUGUAGACACUGGAAUAAAUAGUGGGGGGUGGAAACUGGUGAGAUUUCUCAUUUUUGAUUGUCAAGGCUUUCAUAUUUUGAUUGAUUUAAAAAAUAUUUUGCUGCUACAGACGGCAAGACUAGUGUUCUCUUUGUAAUAUCCUCGUGUUCGAUUACUUCCCAGCGCCGAGUCGUGCAAGCGAGACCGUGUUCGAUUUAACACUCAUGUGACUUCUCGUGCUUACUCUAGCCUGGUCCAAAUUACCGACACGUUGAGCAGGUUCGCUCUUACCCUCGCCCUGCAAACAGGACGCUGGGAUACUCUGAUGAAUUCACACUCUGAUUGGUUGGAUUUUGCGUGACCUGUGACCAGUGCGUCAUCACGGUCAUGACUCUGCAAGGUUUGAAACGGCCGUAAAGACUGAUUCAUUACUCUUUUAUUCCAGCUUAGAGAUGGGGUUUUUUUUCGUUGAAAAGCGUAAUAAUGUAGGAAAUUGUGUAAAACUUACCUGUGUUGUACAUUUACAAUUCCCGUCACUUGCUCGGGCUCCGUUUCGAAUCACGAACGGUCGGAUUGCAUUAUGCGACGCUCAAAAUUUUGUCCACAUGAUC